UAAGUCAUCAGGAGGCGGAAGUGCAGCGGGGGCGGGAAGGUGGUAGAACACCGCCUUGAGCUCGGUUUGCAGGUCUUUAAGUGGUCGCGCCCCCUUGGAGAACGCGACCAGAAGGCGAGGCGGUCCCGGGCCUUCUAGCCGCGUGGUGAUUGGACCACUUGCCACGGAACAUAGUUGAAACAGAAAAUAGGAAGAUGGCAGCAAACCCUUCAGGACAAGGUUUUCAAAACAAAAAUAGAGUUGCAAUCUUGGCAGAACUGGACAAAGAAAAAAGAAAAUUACUAAUGCAGAACCAAUCUUCAACAAAUCAUCCUGGAGCUAGCAUUGCGCUCUCGAGACCCUCUCUUAACAAGGACUUCCGGGACCACGCUGAGCAGCAGCACAUUGCAGCCCAGCAGAAGGCGGCUUUGCAGCAUGCACAUGCACAUUCAUCUGGAUACUUCAUAACUCAGGAUUCUGCAUUUGGGAAUCUUAUUCUUCCUGUUUUACCUCGCCUUGACCCAGAAUGAAGAAAAUAUUUGUAACAAAAGUGACUUUGUAAUAUCAAAUGCCAAAGCUACUAUCAGUUAGUGCUAUACAAACUGUGACUUGCCGAAUUUUGGUGAACUUUUACAUAUUUUGUUUCUUUAAAAGAAAGAUAUGUGUAAGUGAAAGCAAAAAAGAAGGGUGACCAGGAUGAUGAAAGCUCUGGAAGCUGUAUUAUCUGAGGAACUGAUUGUGCUACCCAUGACUGUAACUUUUGUGUAAUGCAGUUUGAUUUUUAAUUCUGAGUCAGACUCUGAAUUAAUUGGAUGUGGUCAUAUAAACCCACCCCACCACCAGCUAGUUGGACUGCGUAUAUUAUGUCUACAGUAGACUUUCAAUAACCAUUUAAAGUACUUAACUUUAAACAAAUGAGGGUGCUUUUUAAAAAUGUGAACCAAUAGGCUUUAAUAAGUUACAUUCACAUUUGCUGUUUAUAGAAUUGAUAUCAGUGUACCUUUUGAGUUUAUAAUCAACGUAUCCUGAAAUAUCCUUUAACUUGUGACUCGUUCCCCAAUUCUCAAUUUUAAAGGAAAACCCAAGAUAAGACUAAGUUACCAACCAGUCUUAAACAUCUUUUAUAAACCUAUGCCACUACAAAUUAUGUGACUAAAUGCUAUUAAAAACAAUUAAUAAGAAA